AUGAAGUCUCCCCGCCGGAUCGCGUCCUUGCUUGCCGGUCGUAUACUAAAGGUAUCACAGACGGCCGCGGCUAUCCCUUGUCUCGUCUAUAUUAUCGUCUGCGCACGGCUUCUCACAAUUGGGGCGGCUCAGACAUUGCCGUAUACCCCUACUACCAUCUUCAUUCCUGACUCCAAGCCCAGACCAGCUGGGGAGAAUGCGGCUGCUGACGUCGCUUACAUUUUUUCGCCGCGGGCCGACCGAGUCGAGCUAGUCGCCCUCAACUUCUCACGCACUCUACAGAGCGCAUCGUUGCCGCUGGAGACCCUGUCCUCAAACGUUCCAUUUUUAGAUACUAGCAGUACGGCCUUCACCCCGUCGCUUGCCGAUAAUGGGUCGCUUAUCGUGUACGCGGGCGACUGCUCUACUCCUACCGGUUCCGGGGUCUGGACCUUCAACCCGUCCCCUGACGACGGCGCAUCAUUGACAUGGACCCAAGCCCGCGCCACACACGUCGCCAGUACCCCCGGCGCCCGGGGAGGCCCGGGCUUCUUGGGGGGCAGCUUGAGCUUCUCGACGACCCUGGAGCCGGCGCUGUCACGGGCCACGACCUACGUCUACGGGGGGAUGUGCCCGAACCCACCUUCUUCUGACAGUGCGGCGUCGCCGCAGUCGCAAGCGACGUAUUCGAACCAGAUGAUCAAGAUCGAGCCCUCGGAGGCGGAGCCGGACGGCUACGACAUCAGCCCCAUCGCCAGCCGCGGCCCCCCGGUGCCCGAAGCCGGGUUUACGCUUACCGGCCUGACGCCGUCGAUCUCGAACCGCUCCGGGGUCGUCACCCAGCAAGCCAACUACGUGCUCCUCGGCGGCCACACGCAGAACGCCUUCGUCAACAUGAGCACCGUCGCCAUCUGGAGCCUGCCGGAGGAGAGCUGGGGCUUUAUAUCUGACGUCCGCACCGCAGGGACGUCGCCGCUGGCCGUGAAGAAGAGUAGUACCAUGGCCCGUGCCCAAGACUCGCAACCCAUAGAUAGCCGGUCGGGCCACACAACCGUGCUCAGCGCCGACGGCAACUCGCUCGUCGUCUUGGGUGGCUGGGUCGGCGACCCCAGCCAGGCCGCCGCGCCGCAGCUCGCCGUCCUCAGCAUCGGCGACGACUACGGCGGCGACGGCGACUGGCAGUGGUUCGUCCCCAGCUCGCAGCCUGAGGGGCCGGGCAUCUACGGCCACGGCGCCGCGCUGCUCCCCGGCAACGUCAUGAUGGUCUACGGGGGCUACAGCGUCGCGGCCACCUCCGGCGCUCGAGUGAAGGGACGGCAAGCCGCUAACAUUCCCAUGUUCCUGAACCUCACCUCCAUGAGCUGGUCCAGCGACUACAGGAACCCGGGGUCCACGGAAGGUGAUCAAGUCGACGGCGACACUACGACCGCCGUCGGCAGCACACAGCAGCACCUAGGUCUGGGCCUAGGCCUAGGCCUCGGACUCGCGGCCGUCGCGGCCGUCCCGGUGAUAUUCUUCUGCUACCGGCGGCGGCAGCGGCACCGGCGCACGAUACGGGACUCGGCCAUCCGCGCGCUCGCGCAGGACACCUCGCAGUUCCUGCCGCACGACGACGGCGACAACGACGCCGCCGGCUACCCGGGCGGGCCCUCCAAGGGGGCGUCCAGCGUCGGCUGGUGGUACAUGGGUGGCGGCGACCCGUACGCCCGCGGCGGCCGCUCGCUCGGGUACCAGAGCCUGCGCACGAACAUCUACGGGGGGCCGAUCCAGGCGAGCCCGCCGAUGCAGCAGGCCGGGCGCAGGCCUCUGCUCCGCCGCGGCGGCUACGACCCGCCGUCGCUCUCGCCGGCGUCGCGCGGCGCGGCCGGCGGCUCGGGGGUCAUCCACCCCAUCAUCGAGGCGGACGAGGACGGCGGCGGCGCCGCGGCCAGCGUGCCGGCCCUCGCCGCGAGCGAGCCCAGCCACAGCUCCUCGUCGCCGCCCGACCCGUUCCUCACGCCGACCCAGGAGAGCCCCACGGCGUCCCUCGCGCCGUCGCUGCCGCCGCCCGCCGCGGCUGCCGGCGGCCGCGCGUCGCAGACGCCGAGCCCGGACCGCGACCCGGAGGUGCAGGAGUGGAUGUCGGACGUGGACGCCGUGGACGCGCUGCUCAGCGGCGCCGCGGCGCGGCGCGCCAAGGCCACCGGCGUCGACGACGCGCGGACCGACAGCAACGUGUCCGAGUCGAACCGAAACCGCCUCAGCGGCCAGGGCGGCGCCGUCAGCCGCUCGGGCUCCGGGCGGUCGUACGCGCUGCUCUCGUUUUUCGGCGGCGGUAGCGCGCCCGCACCCGCACCCGCACCCGCGGACGACCGCGCCGGCACCAGCUCGAGCACCGCGUCGGUGCCCAGCUACAACACGGCGCGCAGCAGCUUCUCGGCGCUGCAGGCGGAGGGGCCGUCGCUGCUGAUGGGGCGCGGGCCGCGGAACCGGGACCGGGACCGGGACGCGCGCCGGGAGCGCGAGGAAGACGGUGGCGGCGACGACGGCAACGACGACGACGACGACGGCUACGACGAGCCGCCCGGCAGCCCGAGCAAGCGGAAGCCGCGGCGCAGCUGGCUCGGCAGCCUGCGGCGGGCGCUCACGGGGGGCAGCAGCAGCGGCGCGGCGGACAACGGGGACGGCGGCGGCGGCGGCAACGACGACGCGGCGCGGCGGGCCGAGGGCGCGCUCGCGGCCGGCGCGAGCGACUACGAGGCGCGGCUGGGCGGGCUGAGCGGGAUCGCGGCGGGCGGGCUGCUGCGGCGGAAGAGCGGGCGCGGGGACUGGGAGGCGCCGGAGGCGGCGGGGGCGGGCGCGAGCGGCGGCAGGGCGCGAGGGAAGGGGAAGGCGACGGGCGCGCGCUGGUCCGGCGGCGGCGGCGGCGGCGGGGAUUACCGGGCGGUGGCGGGGCGCGAGGCGGAGGGCGCGCCGCGCUACUACGACGACAACAGCCAGCGCCGCGGGGGCGCCGACGAGGAGGAGGAGGAGGAGUGGGACAUCGAGCGCGCGGUCGAGACCCGGCUCGUGCAGGUCAUGUUCACGGUGCCUAAGGAGCCCCUGCGCGUGGUCAACGCCGAGCCGGACGCCGAGAGCGCGACCGGCAUCACGAUCGACGAGGACGACGACGACGAGGAGGCGGGGGAGGAGGAGCAGCGGCGCCGGCAGCGCGAGAGCGACGGAGAGCUCCGCGCCACGGCGCAGGCCGCGGCCGACUCCACCACCGUGGCCGAGGCCGUGGCCGCCGCGACCGCCGCGCGCGAGGCGGAGCAGCUCGCGCUGCGCGAGAUCGGCGCGGAGCUGGCGGCGGAGGCGUGGCGGGCGCCCGGGCGCAGUAAGAGCCGGGGCCGCAGCGCGGCGCCGGCGGCACGGUCGCGGUCGCGGGGGCGGUCGCUGGCGAGCGAGGACGGGGGCGCGCGGCUCAGCAGCGCGACGGUCGACCGGCUAGUCGACGGCGGAGGGGCGAGCGAGUCGCGCAAGCGCAAGCCGUCGCACUCGCCGAUGGCCAGCUCGACGCACAGCGAGGGUGCGGUGUGCUCGGCGCAGGCGGUGCGGCUGGAGCGCGCGCCGGCGGCGCUGCGCACGCGCGUGCUCGCCAUGGUCGAGAACAUCGAGGGCCGCAGCCGCGAGGGCAGCCCGGGUGCCUCCGCUGCAUCACUGCCGCUCUCGGCGGCGUCGGGCCCGCGGUGA